AUUUCUAAACAAAGACACCGAACUGUUCAUUAAAUUAUCUGCACUCGACCUCGAAGGGGGACAGAAUUCUGAAAUGUGUAAUGAAUCGUAGGAUCUGUUUCCCGGCGAAUCGCCGUUUCUCUGAAUUUUAAAUACAUUGUUCAUGUUUGCCCAGAUAUGGCAGAGAUAAAAAGAGAGGCAACGAACCUGACUAACAGAGUGAAAAUAUUGCUUAUGCAAGCAUGGAGAGAACGAUGGUCAGAUGUCCAGUGGGGUAUCCAGCUUAAACGCCUUUUCUCUGUGCAUAGUGGGGAAUCCUGUGAUUUAGCAGAAAUUCUUCUUCAGCAAACACUUGUUGGAAGCAGCCCCAAUUCUCUUUUGUUGUCAUACCUCAAGCACACUGUAUUGUCUCAAAUUGUGCCAUGCAGUUCAGUGCUGAACUACAUAGCUGCAUUUGAUGACUUAUCUCGUCCAUACUGUGUGCUGGCUCUUAUACAUCUGGCUGAAGUUUUUGGCACCAAGCUCAGUUUCAGCUAUGGGCCUGACAGCUCACUGCAGGUAUGUCGCUCUCUAUUGGGAGUUCUCCACUGGCUGCUUCUACAGCUACUCAAGUGUUUACAGACGAUGAGAGAAGAGCGUCCUGAAUUGAUUCAGGUCAUGGACUCGGCAAGCAAGGCUGCCACUGGAAUGCUGAGGCGCCCAACUGUCACAGCAUUGCUACAGGUUGCUCGUGCUGACAAUACUGAGGCAUAUAGAGAAUUUGAACAGUCAGAAGUGAACUUGCGAGGAACACUCAGUCAGCUACCUCCUGGGGUAAUACCUGAUAGCACCAGAGAAAGUAUAUCUACCAUGCUGACUUUAGCAGAAGAAUUGCCAGAUGUACAGGUGCCAUUAGAGCCAGUUCUGCAUGCACCACAUCUGCCUGUCUGCCCAACAUUAAAUGCUCUUGUGGCGCUAGAAGCUGUUCUAAAUUCCAAUAGUGAUGUACAGCCAUUUGUUGAUCAGAUUCUUAUGUUAGCUCGUCUCAUGAAAAUUAGCCGACCUUUGCUGUUCUUGGAAAUAUUUCGUGCUUGCUUCAUGGGACUUGUUGACUCCACUACUAGUUCUGAAGAGCUUAAGUGGGCCACUUUCACAUUCCUGAAGAUGCGUCAGAUUAUGGUCAAGAUACAGCAGUUAAACCCUGGUCCUGACUUCAGCUCUGAUGUGGAGAAAGGCAUUGACAUGUUGUUACAGUAUCGCCACCUUUUGGACCAGGCAGACAUUAAGCAUAGAUGGGACUGUCUAAGCCAGUUUCUGAAAGAGUGUAUGCAGUUUAACAUUCUUACAGAGAACCAAAUGAACCUGCUAAAGCAAAAGAGGCAAAUACAGCGUGAACAGUUACGACCAGGAGAUCUCACCACCAGCACAACCAGCAGCGUAGGUCUCAUUGCACGUGCUGAGACGACGGUAAUCAGUAUCCUGAAGGUAGAGACAUUAGAUGCAGACCACCAAAAGAACCAGGACCCUUUAGUAGGAGUCCUCAGCCAAAUGUUGUCAGGUAGAAGCUUUGAGAUAAUAACAUCCGCUGCAGCUUCAAUGGGAGAGCUGAAGAACUUCACUAUGAAACUCAUAAGAACCAAUGAGUUUGCACGAGUGGGGCCAGCAGAUACCAGCAAAACAUCUCAGACACGUGCACAGCUAUUUGAUAUUACUUUCCUCAUGUUGUGCCACAUCAUUCAGCUGCAUGGCAUGGAGAUAGUCACUGGUCACAAAGAGGCAUCUGAGUCAUUCAUUGUGCAGUGGGCACAGCGAUGGCUGCCAGAAGAUGGGAAGUAUCGAAGUCUAGACACUACUGCUGUUCCUCAGGAUCAAAGCAAAGUUGAUUCCCUUCUUAUGCAGUUUAUGUCUGGAGACCCAAGAACAAAUGUUCAACGAUGGCAUGAGUUAUGCAUCAACACACCUUUUGCUGUGCAAGAGGUUCUGUUUGCUUGGGAACAUAAAGCCCUUGCCAAAGAAAAAGUCAUGGCAGUAAUGGACAGCAUAAAGAGCCGGAUGAGUUGCUUGUCAGUUGUCACCUGUGUCUGGCUGUGUAGUUAUAUGAAUGUUGUUGGAACAGAUGCAAGGCAGAAGCCUCUGGCCAUGCUUGAACAUCUCACAAGGGUCAAAAUUGAACAAGCAACUUCUACAGAGAGCCGUUCGCAUCUGAUGCACAUGGUCAUGGAGCGAAUUAUGAAUGAUGUCUUGCCUGGAAGUCACCCCCAGCGCACGUGUGCCCACAUGUAUGUGUCUACUGAUGUGCUGCCCAUUGUAACACUCCAUAAAACACUGACAGAUGCAUUUCAACGAGGCUGGCUGGGGCUGAGCAGCAUUCAUACACUGGAACAACUUCUGGCCUUGUGUGGCUCUGACUGGUUCUGUGAAAAAGUUGUAAUGCAAAUGUUGGAGUGGAACAAAGCAGAAGAGCUCAGUCAGGCUCUUAGUCUUGUCCUGGCCAUAUUCCACAUGGAUCUAGAACACCUCACCCACUCCAUGCUUCUGCGGCUGAUGCCACGACUGCUACUGUCCACAGUCCACACACACAUGCUGACUGACCCGCGGGGCUUUACACUGGCAAAGCUUUGUGUUCUUUGCAUCACAGGCACUCAGACUUCUAAGAUUGGACAGAAAGAACCCUAUGUACGACGAAGUCGGAAGAGAUCAAAAAUAGAUGCAGAGCUAGAGGAUAUUGAUGAUUCAGACAUAAGGCCAGGAAAAGUGAGGAAGUUACAUGAACCACAAUUAACUCUAAAUUUGGAAGGUUUUAAUCUAGAUGAUAUAUCUGCAAAAGAGGAUGGGGAGUCUUCACCAAACUUUGACUCCAAAGACCCAAUGAAUAAAGCUCUCAUCAAUUUGUUCUUGCUGAUGAAUGCCAUCAUACAUGAUCCCUCCCUGACUCCUCGUACAACAUUCAUCAUUUCUUUCAUCGAGGAGGCUAUCAAGUGUGGUGCACAGUAUGCCCGCUUUAUCCUACAGUUCAUGCCACCAACCAUGCUGCCACAGUUGAUGAAGACAAUGCCAGGAGUUUUUUCCAAUGCCCAAAUUCUUCAGAUCUGUGACCUUACCAUGCUGACAGGCCGAAAGGUUGCUGCCAAAGCUAUCUCCAGCAACUCACGUUUUAUGGACAAAACAGCAUCAGUGUAAUUGCAACAGACUUGGAGAUUUUGAUGUCAUUCAUUUUGUUUCUUUAUUGAGAAGAAAACAUCUCAUUGCAGGAUUCUCGUUCAUAACUGUAUUUUAUGCUGUAAUCUCAUUUGUAAUAAUACGUUGAUUUCAAUGAUCAAAGUCACUCUGCA